AAGCUCCGGGAAUGGCUGCUGCAGGAGGAAAUGGGGAUUUUGGCAUGCAUAGGAGUGAUAUCGCCAUUUCCAUUCUACUACUGGCUUUGGAAUUAUCCGCAGGCAUGGGUUGAUCUGUGCGGCAGAGGGCGUGACCCCUGCAGAGUUAUGGCGCUGGUCGCGCAUUUCCUCAAGGUUGUCCAAUUUGUGUCGGUGCUGUCUGUCUCCACGCUUUCGUGGCCGCCGCCUUUCUACUUCUGGCCGCUGCUAUUCAUCGGGCAGUUCCUUAAUUUCAGGGUAUUCAAGCUGCUGGGGGAAUCGGGAACAUAUUAUGGCAUACGAUUCGGGAAGAACAUUCCAUGGGUGACAGAAUUCCCCUUGGGAACAAUCAGAGAUCCUCAGUAUGUCGGAAGCAUCUUGAGUCUCCUUGCUUGCUUCCAUUGGACCCCCUUGGGGUACAUUUUGCUUUGGAUUAUCGGGUAUCUCAUCAUCAUGCAAGUCGAGGCCAAAGAAGAUCCAUCGACUCGGGCGAAACCGAUAUCGUGAGCUCAUUCAGCUGCAUGCGUAUCUUUCUGAGGCUCUUACUCAUGCUCAAAUUUUGCAUCUUCUUUUGUCUGGAAGAUCAGUUGUUCUGUAUACUUGCUAAUUUGUGAGGAUGGAAAUAAGCAGUUUCUUUGGGGGUACUUUCGUCAUUUCAGUCCUUGCUCUUAAUUUCGAUUUUCCUUUUAGCUGAAUAAAUUUGAUAACUAACUUUUGUCGGUUAGUGAUGCAUUGAUUAAUACAAAUCAUCAAAUCAGAUAUUUACACCGAUGUGUAUAUAUAUUUU